AUGGGAAAAAUUUCUGUGACGCAUGGAAGACACACAGUCUUCCUUCCCAUUAACGACAAUGGGAACGUUGAACUGAGGGUUCUUAGAGAUCAUUUCCCAGAGGCCCAGGGCCUCAUUUGUCGAGAAAAUAAAGAAAAUGUUCGAGAGCUACCUAUUGUGGGACAAGAAAUUAUUCUUGAUCCCCAAGUACAACAGUACGAUGUCUACACGUGUGAGCAAAAGAAUCUGGAGGAGAAUAUCAACGAGGGAGAAGCCAAACAAAUAAUCACAAAUCUUGUGAAGCAAUUAAGGGGAGGCAAGAAGGACGUGAAUUCGACCAAAUCAAAGAAGUCCCCCAUCCCAAGAACUUCAUCUCCGAUUCAAAUCAAUCGUCCGACUGGUCGUCCCACAUCAAAAACAGCCAAGCUUCAGUUGGGCAGGAUGCAUAAGUUUGAAGGUAAUUUCAUUCAAAUAAAAUCUCCACACAUGGCCAUGGUGACUUUGGAAUUGUCACGUUCCGAAGAAUAUUCGACGGAAGAUCUUUCCACACUGGGACAAAAGGAAUUUCGGGAUGAAAACCCUUGGAAUUCUGACGCCAACACCUUUCACAUCGGGAACUUCAGAGAGAGGUUCCUCAGAGGUUUUCGGGACAAGGAUGAUCAACCCUGUGAUCUUUGGAAAUAUUUUGGAUGUCGAAAACUGAAUGUAACUAAACAGAAACUUUAUUUGUACAGCGAGCCUCAGAUUAAGUUUGAAGAUCCAUCAGAGGGAAUCGAUUCUCCAAAAGUCCAACUGACAACGUCUGGAAAGAGACCACACCCAAAAGAGCCCGAUGAUGGCAAACGAAGGAAAAAACAAACCACUCCACUCACAUUUGCUAGCCUGAGAAGAAUGACUGGAGGCGUUUCGUUCAAUAAUCUACUCAGUGCAGACAUACCAAAAUCUCCUGCACCCCAAGACUCCAAAUCGACUCUUUCUGCAGCCUCUCAUCCUUCAACCAGUUGUAAUCCACCGAACGAAAACCAGACAGUACGAGUCUACAGAGACAUCAAGAAUUCAGAUCGUUUGAACCUUCCCCUCCCCAUUGUUUUACUGGAAGAGGAUUCAAAUGAUACUUCUGGAACUCUACGCGACAGAAAAACAGAUCACACACAAGAUCAAGUUGUUCCCAUCUCAGCACUACAACUCGACAAUCCCACUGGACAACAACCAAGUGGAGAAGACGCAUCUCCUAUUGGUAUCGAAACAUGUUGCUUAGAAGAUGCACCAGAAGUCGAAGUCUUCUAUCAUUGGAUUAAGGAAUCGCAAUAUACAAAGGAAUUGAGUGUCAGAGAAGUUGAGAAACGAGAGCUUUUCAGCCUUCUACAAGUGGAACAAAGGGAUUUGUUGGAUUGUAAUUUGUCCAGUUUCGAACCUCUCGAGUGGGGCUUUCGAAUUUGUCGAAUUGUCAGGAACAAAGAAACGUUGUUACACAUCUUUUUAACCCCUGAGGGAGAGAAAGAAUUUACUUUCCCAUCGACAGACCUCUCGACAUAUCAGCCUCAUACGUUGCUGUACGACUCUGGCUAUCUCAAUGGUUGUUGUGGUGGUGCCUUCGGUGUGGGCGCAAUACCCUAUUGCACAGAAGAGUGUAAACCAAAAAUCAGAUGGGACAAGAAUGGGGAACGUUUCAAGGAGGGGACCGGUUAUUAUUGGCUGGAUGGAGUGGUUGAACCCGAUGAAAUCGCAGUCUGGAAAUGUUCGUGGACGUGCUCAGCAUUGAAUGAUUCUGCUACAGUCGACGAGAUAUGCCAAAGUGAUUCACCGGAGAUUCAGAAA